UUUUAUAUUUUAAAAAGAAAAGAAAAGAAAUAAUUUAUUUUACGUUAGUAUAUAUAAAAUAAAAAUCACCCCAAAUCUGAGUCCGGAAAUUUCUAGGUUUUCCGAUUUGAUGCUCCAAAUUUCUCUCCCCGGCUUUUCCCAUUAUUUACUCACCUAAUGUCGCUGAUUCUUCUUUCUUGUUUUUUCUUUUAACUAUUUCUCAACGGAGGUCUCCCUUUUGUUGGAAUCUGGGGAUCUUUGGCUGUGUUUAAAGGAAAGGAAAGCAGAAGAGCUUGGGCAAUAAAAUUGGAUAUUUUUGUUGAUCAUUUCAUCUGUAAUUUUUCUGAAACUUAAAUGUAUCUAAGUUCUAGUGGAGAUAAGUUUGUUUGAAUUGAUACUUGACUUGAUGAGAAAGAAGAGGAAAGGAAGUGAAACGGAUGCAUCUCCGGAGGUAACCAACAAUUUUGCAUCCACUUGUGAUCCCAGAUCAUCUAAUAUUAGGUGUCAUUAUUCGUUAGAAGAUUAUGCGAGGAUAAAAAAGAGGUGCAAAGAAGAUGUGGAUGCGCCUCCUGUUGGUUCGUGGAAAAGUAGACUCGCCGGCAUUGCUACUGCCCCACCUUGUGGUGCAUCGUCUUUGGUUCCUCCAGGAAGAGGUCUUAAGAGGAAGAUAGGGUGCAUUGAGGUAAUUACACGAAUUGGAAGGAAGAAAAAGAUUGAGGAUGAUUAUGUUAAAGGUGACACCAUUGGGCAGGGGAAAUUUGGGUCGGUUUGGUUGUGUAGAUCUAGGACUAGUGGAGUAGAGUUUGCGUGCAAAACCUUGCAUAAGGGAGAGGAGACGGUUCAUAGAGAGGUAGAGAUAAUGCAGCAUUUAUCCGGUCAUCCUGGGGUUGUGACUUUACACGCAGUGUAUGAGGAGCUGGACUGCUUUCAUCUUGUAAUGGAGUUGUGCUCUGGAGGUCGGUUGGUUGACCAAAUGGCAGAAGGUCAGUAUUCAGAGCAACGUGCUGCUAAUAUUUUUAAGGAUGUGAUGUUAGUCGUUAAGUACUGUCAUGAGAUGGGAGUUGUGCAUAGAGAUAUAAAGCCAGAGAAUAUUCUUCUCACAACUUCAGGAAAGAUAAAGCUGGCAGAUUUUGGUCUUGCCAUGAGAAUUUCUAAUGGUCAGACUUUGUCUGGUUUGGCUGGAAGUCCGGCUUAUGUUGCCCCUGAGGUUUUAUUGGGAAAUUAUUCUGAGAAGGUCGAUAUAUGGAGCGCUGGUGUGCUCCUACAUGCACUUUUGGUUGGCGUUCUUCCAUUUCAAGGAGACUCCUUGAAGGCAGUAUUUGAGGCCAUCAAGAAUGUAAAGCUCGAGUUUCACUCAGGGAUAUGGGAGUCUGUAUCUAAACCUGCACGCAAUCUGUUGGCAAGAAUGCUGACAAGGGAUGUUUCAUCACGAAUAACUGCUGAUGAAGUACUAAGGCAUCCAUGGAUAUUAUUUUACACUGAGCGCACAUUAAAGACAUUAUCCAUCAAAUCCAAGUCAAAGAAUCAUGUAGGACCUUCUGGCCAAAUAACCAGUUCUCCUAAAUUCGAGAUAAGUCUGAGGAUAGAUGGUGGUUCUCAUAGUCAGGGUCCACGGCCAGUCUUAACAUCCAACAGUUUAAGCUGCAAGUCAGAGGAACAAGAUGAAAAUGGUGUGGUGGAUGUGCUUGCUGUGGCAAUUUCCCAUGUCAGGAUUUCUGAACCAAAGAGGAGCAGACUUUGUAGUCCCACAGGACCUAUAGAGCAGCAAUGUUCAUCUAACCUGACGGCUAAUAACCUCUGUAGAGCCUUCUGAUCAUGUUGACACCACUAACAUGAUUAUCUCCACUGUUUUUUGAGCUGGGGAUUCAGAAUUAACCUGCCCUGGUUGCAAUUUUCAGUGGGCAAAUGAUGCUUACGGAUGACCUUAACAUCAAUCCGGUGACAAUGGUGUCAUCUCCUAGCCAAGCUUUUUGUCUUCCAACCCAUAGUGUUGACUAAAUAAUAUUUCUAACCUGGUGACCAGGGAGAAUUGAUGUACAGAAUUGAUGUAAAUAGAUCCUCUCAAGUUUCAAAUCACUUUUUCUACCCAGUUGUACAGGUGUGUUUUUGGUUGCUGGGAAUGAUAUAGGUAAGUUGUCGCUCAAGAAUUGUGCGUAGCCUUGUAAAGAUCUGUGUCAUACUGAGUGAGAGCUCUGCAAGCGGUGUAUUCAUUUCCCCAUGAAUGCUCUUAUCGAUAUUUGGAUAAAGAGGAAUGCUCUUAUCGAUACUUGAUAGAGGAACCAGGUCUUGUUUAUCGUCUUCUCGAGACAACCAACAGGUAUUUUGAUGCAUAAAAAGUUGCAAUUUAAAAAUUAAAAAAAAAAAGAUUUACAUAAAAAGUUACAA